GUUCAAUCUGAACAUCUCAUUUCCACCUCCCUACAACACGCGGCGCCAGGAGUGGACGUGGCAAGACUUGUUGGACGAUGCCUGCGAGGCCACCGAGCGCCUGAACGGCACCGCAGGCUUGUUGGCCAACUCCGACUUCGACGAAGACUUCAAGUUCUUCACGCUCAUGGUCCAGUCGGGCGGCGGUUCGCUGUAUCAGCAAGAAGGUGAAGGCGACGAUCAAAGCUUGAGGUGCAGCAUCAACAGCCCCGUGGGAGUCAACGUCUUGAAGAACUUCUGGACCGCCCAUCAUCACUCGAAAGUGCAUGAUGGGCCACAACGGUGGACCCUUCUGGGCAGGCGUCUCCCCUCCGAGCGAGGCACUGAAGGACUUACUGCAGAUGAAGUCCCUCAACGUGGUCCAUCCACCGAACAUGACCAGCUUCUCCAACUACAUUUACACGGACCCCAAUCGGCCACAGGGGCACAUCGACGCCUACGUCUGGUCUUCCGGCUUCGAUGAGCGCGUGACAGUGGGCGACUGCCGAAAGCAGUGGUGGCCAAUAUCUUAUUCCAAAUGGUCUCCGCAUUGCAAAC